CAAAACGCUUUUUCAUUCAUAAAAUCCUCAAACAUUAAACUUUGCCCUCAGAACGAGUUGAGUUUUCUCAGCCAGCGCGUCGUGUAUCGCGAAUUUGUUCUCAAAUUCUUUAGAAUUACAAAAUACAUCUUCGUCCCGUGGAAAAAUGUUUGUUAUUCGCUGAGAAAACAAACGUUGUGCAAGUGAUUGUUUCCGGAAUUCCCCAGGCGAAAACCCGAUAUUGAUAAACGGGCAUCGAUUUUUCCCAGGAAAGUUUUUCCGAUACUCGAAAGAAAGGAAUUUUCAUUCCACUUCUGCUGCUGCUGUAGACUAACAGCAGUUUUCCGCCCACUUUUCUCGAAACAAGCGAAAUACUUGUGGGCAAAUAAUUAUUCGUCCUUUAUUGAAGUUCGGGAAAGUGAGUCGGUGUGUUACACAAAAGUAAAUUUUUUACUAGCGAGUGCAGGAUAGCGUUCCUGAAAUUAACCAGAAAAAAGUGAAAACUGUCCUACUUCAGUAGCCCACCCAAGGUCUGGGACAACGAGCAGCACCCAUUUUUCAAGUCCGUCCGACUCUUCCCCCCUUAUCGACCUUCACGGUUGUAUUGUUGCUUGGAAGAAGCCCAAAAAAAAUAUUGAAACGGUUUAUCGCGGAAACAUACUAGCAGCAGCAAUAUGGUGCAGAAGUACGAAUCUCCUGUUCGGAUUUACAAAUACCCCUUCGAGCUGGUGAUGGCGGCAUACGAAAAACGCUUCCCCACCUGCCCCCAGAUGCCGAUUGUGCUCGAUUGUGAAGUGACGCAAGACUCUGUGAGUGAUAAUGGAGCCAAGCGGGAAACGCAGCGCCGAUGCAAGCUGGCUGUGGACGCUCCGUACCUGUUCAAGAAAAUCAUCGGUAUCGACGUCGCCUUCUUCAUCCAAACCAACUUUCUGGACAUGAAGGCCCGUACUCUCAACAUCGAAGCCACCAACGAAACCUUCUCGUCAAGAAUCGAAAUUUUCGAAAAGUGUCGUUACUAUGCGCAUCCGGAAAAUCCUGACUGGACCUGUUUCGACCAGACGGCUACCCUGGACAUCAAGAACUUCUUCGGCUUCGAACACUCGAUGGAGAAGAUGGGAAUGAAACAGUACUCGCAAACAACCCAGAAGGGGAAGGAGAUUAUUGAGUUUUUCAUAACCGAGCUGAAGAAGGAAGGAAUCACUCAUGUCGACAAAUGGAAGGACGAUGAACCAACCGUUCCAAGCGUAACCGUGUCGGUUUCCACGGAACGACCUCCGCUUACCCGAGAUAACAGCAUUCUUGACGCGGAUUACAUCGCUAAAUUCAUAGGGCAGCUUUCGCCACUGCAGGAAUCCAAGCUGGUGCAAUUCCGUAAACGCAUCGAAGAAUCCAAUGGCGACGAUGUGCCGGACUACCAAACGUUGCUACGGUUUUUGCGGGCACGUGAUUUCAGCAUCGACAAAUCUACCAGCAUGCUUCAGGAAUCUCUUCAAUGGCGCAAAGAGCACAGGAUAGACGACAUUCUGGGCGAGUACAAAAUUCCUGCUGUCGUAGACAAAUAUUUCCCCGGCGGUUGGCACCAUCACGACAAGGAUGGACGGCCGCUCUACAUUCUUCGGUUGGGAAAUAUGGACGUUAAAGGAUUGCUCAAAUGUGUGGGAGAAGACGAACUGCUAAAAUUAACAUUACACAUUUGCGAGGAAGGACUGAAGCUGAUGAAGGAAGCGACCAAGCUGUUUGAGAAACCGAUUUGGAAUUGGUGCUUGCUGGUUGAUUUGGACGGUUUAUCCAUCCGUCAUCUGUGGCGGCCAGGAGUGAAGGCUCUGCUCCGGAUAAUUGAGACUGUCGAGAAAAAUUAUCCGGAAACGAUGGGCAGAGUGCUCAUUGUACGUGCACCUCGCGUAUUCCCAGUGCUAUGGACGAUCGUUAGCACCUUUAUAGAUGAAAAUACGCGCUCAAAGUUCUUAUUUUUCGGUGGUCCAGACUGCCUACACAUUGAGGAUGGUUUGGAACAGUACAUCUCAACGGAACGGAUUCCCAAAUUCCUGGGCGGAUCUUGCAAUCCAAGCAUACCGACGGUGGCGGAACCGGUCCCAUCCAAACUAUACACGCGCUGUUUUCUGAGCGCGUGCCAUUGUACUCUAAUUCACGAAGGCGGACUCGUACCAAAGCAUCUGUACAAAUCGGAAUCGGUGGACGAGGGCAGCGGCCAGGUGCCGUCAGGUGACCAUCAUGGGUUGUACAAAUCUAUCGACCUAAAGCCGGGUCAGAUGUUUGAAUUAAUCAUUAAAAACACUGAUCCAAAAUCGGUGCUAACCUGGGACUUUGAUGUGCUCAAGAACGAUCUGCUUUUUGCAGUUUACCACACGGAUAAGCAAUUGGAACAAAGUUACAACGAUACAUUUUCGUCUAUUUUCGAUGGGGAUGAUUUCAAAGAGGGAGAAUCUUACAGCAAAUUAGAAGACAAAGUAAAGUGCAAACCCAAGGAAGGAGUGCAGGGAUCACAUGAAAUGGCAAACACUGGCAGCUACAUCCUUCAAUGGAUGUGUCCGCCAUCCUGCGACGGUCCAGCCCAGCUUAUGUAUUUCCACGAGGUGCUCAGUUCUGCAAACUAUAAAGGUUCGAUGACAAGCUUGCAGUCUGGAUUCUCAUCCAAAAGUCUACAAUCGCGAUGAAACACCGAAGAGUAGCAAUAAGACUGAUAUACCAUAGAAAAUGGAUGAGUUGAAUCUCGUACAAGCCAACAGAAUCUCGACAAACAACAAGAAAAAAGUUAUGCAAAGAAUCGAAUGGUAGGCAACAUUUGGGAGCCAAUAUGUGCAUUUUACAGAAAGUUUAGGGAGAACAGAAUAAUCAUCUAGCAUAAAUGGAAGGUUGUAGCAUCGUACAAUAAGAUAGCGAAAUAAUCAGAUUUUUAUAGUAAUUGAGACAUAGGAGGAGUGACAUAAACAGUCGACAUCAAUUAAUAGCCAUUAAGAUUGUAGGAAUUUACGAUAGAUUCCUAUAACGACAUCCUUAGACGUAGGACAAUAUUGAAAGCAAAAGAUGGGAAAAUGUAUUGUGACUGUUAGAUAUUUUUUUAUCCACAUAAGCGGCUUUUGCAGAUGAAACAACAGUUGUAAAUGCUUUUUUGAUUAGCAAACCAAUUAACAAUUAACAAAAACUAAAAUCAAGCACCAUAUAAAAACUUGAAACUUAGCUCACAUUACGUGCAAAAAUUUACACUUCUAGUAUCAACACGUGCUAAAAAACUCACUGUAAAACUAUAUUUUAUAGAUUUUUGUGCUCACACUUCGUUGUACAUAAAAUUAUAUGUACAUUUUAAUAAAAGAAUAACCAUACAGAUGCAUCUAACAAACAAUAUGUGCAUAAUAUUAUACCUCAUCCCAGUCAACUUCACCGCCAACCAGUUACACUUAUGAGGCUAGAACCGUACAUUUCGUUUUUGUACCAAAAUUACUUAGUAGACAGCGUUUUCAAGAAUCUUUAUAUAUUUCCACUGAUUUUAUUUUCAUCAAAAUGGGUAGGUGCAUAGUAGUACUAGAAAAAAUGAUUCUCUGUGAUAAAAACAGGACUUAUGUUUAUACGAAAGCAGGACCGACAUCAUGCAAACAAUAAAAACAGCUCCUUGUGGUUGAGUUUUGAUUUACUAAGCUACGAAGUUCGUUCCCGUACUGGUACCUAUCUACCGCGUAAUAAAUAUCAAAACAUCAUCAACACUUAUCAGUGUGGUCAAUGUUUAGUCCAGUCAACACAGAACCGUCAACCGUCAAAAAUACGUAUAUUAAAUACACAGAGCCAUACAUAAAACGGAUCGUAUAUUUUUGAAAACAUUAAAAGUAGAAAUUACCAAGUCGUAUAAAAUGCAUAUUUUCCUGUGAGCAUAUAUUCUCAUUAAUUUUAUUAAGGUUUACGUACUACAAAACCCAAACUUAAUUAUUACUACAUUAAGCAAAUAUACUUAGUAUUCAACGAAAACUUUAAAAGCAUCACAUCAAUCGUUCAAUUUAGAGACCUGGUUUCAAGGAUUGCAGCAAACAUUAUAAGAUGCGCAAAACAGUUUGAAAGUCGCGCUAUUCAACUUCGUUUAGAAUUAACAAUUAUGCUGAAUUGAAAAAUAAGCGAACAAAAAAAAACAAAAUCUAUAUUCGAUAUUGUCUGUUGAAUUGUCGCAUUGUUUUAUUGUCUCAAAUGGCGAGUAUGUUAUAACUAUAUGAUUAUAAGGUCGUAUAUGAAUGCUGUAGUAUUUCUAUACAUAAAACGUGAAAUAUGAAAAUCACAAUAUGGUAGUGGAUGGCAAAUGA